CCCACUUUCUCUCACAAACCCAUAAAACUCACAUCACCAUGGCUUUUUCUACUAUCGCAUGUCUCUUCUUCUUCUGCUUAACACUUGUUCUUUUCUCCACCCAAAUCAACGCAAGAGACAGCUACUCCUUUGGUAAGUUUCAAAGAGAAAACCCCACAGACCAAAACCCUAACAGUCUUGUCCCUAACCAAACCAACGAGAAGAAAGAGCAAGAUGACCAGAACCCUGCCUUUAUCCCCCAGUCCGAAAACGGGUACGGCUUGUACGGUCACGAGACAACCUACAACAACAAUGAAGAGACGUUGAACAAUAACAAGAACGAGGAGACCGUUAACUACGACGACUCUUUCUCCACCCCAAGCCUAAGCGAAACGGAUCAAACCCAAGAAUCUUACAAGAACUACAGAGAUAGCUAUCCUAAGCCGACCGAGAUUUACGACAACAACAGGGACACGGACACGGUCUACUACGGGAACCCCGAUACUUACGGGACGGAUAAGAGAGAGAAAGAGGCGUACAAGGGUUACAGCAACAAGGACACGAGCUACUACGGAAACCCCAAUAGUUACGGGACGGAGAAGAGAGAGAAGGAGGCGUACAAGGGUUACAGCAACAACGUAGAGAGACAAGGGAUGAGCGAUACGAGGUAUAUGGCAAAUGGUAAAUACUACUACGACCUUGACGACGACAGAAACCACGGAAGCUUCUACCAGAAUCACUAUUACAACUACAAGCCCACCGGUUACAAUGAGAAGAAAUCCAACUUCAAGAAUCCAUACGAUUCGAACCAACAGCCCGAGAUGUUCGGUGAAGAGCAAGGAGAUCAGUUCACUCCAUAAGCAUGCCCACAUGAAACAAUAUAAUAAAUAUUUGCUUUUAUUUGUUCGAGUGUUUCUUUUUUUUGUCAAACUAAAAGUUAUAAUAUGGUUUAUUCAUCAAAAAUAUAAUUGUCUGCAUAUAAAUUUUGGAAAGAAUAAAUAUAGUAUAUGGUGAUGCUUGUUAUGCUAA